AUGAAAUUUGAGAAUCUUCUUGGUCAGCAUGGAACCGCUGUCGCGAAACGACUUGGAUGGAAACAAGGUGAUGAAGAAGAAGGAUGGUCCAAGAAAGCUAUCGAUAGUUUGAUGAAGAAACUUCAAAAGCAUAACAAAGAAGCUUUGGCGAAUCUUGAGAUGGCACUACAAUCUGAAGGCAAACAACGAUCUGAUUGUGUUACAAUUCCUCGUUCGCUUGAUGGGCGAUUACAAAUUUCUCAUCGUAAAGCACUUCCACAUGUAAUUUAUUGUCGCGUUUAUCGAUGGCCCGAUUUACAGUCACAUCACGAGUUGAAAGCGAUUGAUGAUUGUCGAUAUUGUUAUGAAUCGGGUCAAAAAGAUAUUUGUAUAAAUCCUUAUCAUUAUGAUCGUAUCGAAACAACUGGCAUAUUACCUCCAGUUUUAGUGCCUCGUUCUACUGAACCUCCACCGAAUAUUAUUCCUCGGCCACUUCGCAUGGCACUUUUACCAAAUGCGCAAUUAUCUACUUCAGCUAUGCCUUGUAAUAUCGAUUUUAGUAAUUUCAGUCCGACGGCACCAUAUUGUAAGCCUGAUGAACCAAUGGAUACAAGUCCAACUAUACCACCAGAUAUAUCCACUAUUGAGGUUCCUUAUGAAGAGGGCAAAUAUUGGGCAACCGUCACUUAUUACGAAUUAAAUACUCGAGUAGGCGAACAGUACGAUGUUUCAUCACCAACGGUUGAAAUUGAUGGAUUCACAGAUCCUAUGGGGAGUCCGAAUAAAAUCUCGCUUGGAAUGUUGUCGAAUGUUAAUCGUAAUCAGCAAAUUGAAACAACCAGGCGACAUAUUGGGAAAGGGGUGAAACUCACAUAUGUACCAUCACAAGGAACACUUUUUGCCGAAUGUCAAAGUGAAGCUGCGAUAUUUAUACAAUCACGAAAUUGCAAUUACUUACAUAAUUUCCAUCCUACAACAGUUUGUAAAAUAACGAAUGGGAUUUCACUAAAAAUCUUUGAUAUGUCAAAGUUCAGAGAGCUUUUAUCGCAAGCGACCCGUUGUCAUUCAUUCGAUUCAAGUUACGAACUAACUAAAAUGGCUAUAAUUCGAAUGUCUUUUGUUAAAGGAUGGGGUUCAGAAUAUCAACGCCAGGAUGUCACCUCUACGCCAUGUUGGAUAGAAAUACGUUUACAUGCUCCACUUCAAUGGUUGGAUAAGGUAUUAAAACAAAUGGGUCCUCCACAUAAUCCAAUUUCUUCAAUAUCAUAA